CAGCCAAUCGGCGCCCUUGAUAGAAGCAGCUGGGUUGCAUUAGGGUAUUUACAGGAAAAGUAGACAAGUUUGUGUCUCGCCAGAUUGAACUAUCUUGGCGAACGAACGACACAGCGGGACAGGAGACGCUGACAGCACACGUUCAAAUAAAACAGGCAUGAGGGCGCUGGAUUUGCAAACCAACAUUGCCUCUUCCACGAGCGGCAGGAGCUUGUCCUCCAACUACAUCCCGCCCUGUCUGGAGAACAAGCUCCUGGUGCAGACGUCCUCCUCGUUACAGAGCACCUCCCUCCAGCCCUCCGGCCUGACCGCCACCUCCUCCGCCCUCCUCCUCUCCUCCUCGUCCUCCGUCUCGUCGCCGCUCCUCAGCACCAACAACACACUUCUGAACUCCUCCCGUCUCGCCUCUUUGACACCAUCCUCUGCCCACCCUCUCCUCACCACCUCUUUAUGCGGUGAUGCUCUCCUCUCUCGCUUUUCCCAGCCACCUUCUUUCCUUCCACGAGAAGGAGAGCAGAAGAAGGAUGAUGAAGUCAGAGAGGAAAUAUCGGAAGCACAGCCAUGCUCUUUUGAAGAAACAAGCGUUAUCUAUUCAGACGAGGAUGAUCAAAUGUCAUCUGAGGAGGGUGUGUUUGCUCCCACAUCCAUGGAGUUGCGCGUACCAGAGCACCAGGAGAAGGAGCAAACUGUGGUCAAGAGACAGGAGGAAUUUGCAGAGGUGGUCCGUGACAAGCAGCAGAUCGAAGAUGAGCUAAAGAAUAAGAAGUAUCUUCUGCUGAAUGCCGUGUGCCUCUCCCUGGUCAACAAGAGCACCGCCCCAGGUCAGAAGGACUUGGACUCUGAGAAGAGCGUGUGGCCCACAAUCACCAACCUGGUGAAGGACAUUGCCGUGUCCGACCCCCAAUUUGUUCUCAAGGUGGCACUGUACACAAGACAAGAAUUGAACAUUCGCAUCGCCGCCAACUUCCUGCUGGCCCUGGCCGCCAAUCACCCGGCCACCAAGUCGCAUGUGCGCCGCUAUUUCUGCGCCACUGUUCAGCUGCCGUCCGACUGGCUUGAGGUGGUGCGCAUCUACAGUACGUGCUUCAGCCGCUCGCUGCCCAUGUGCCUGAAAAAGGCCAUGGCCGACAAGUUCAAGCAGUUUACAGAGUAUCAGCUGGCCAAGUACAACACACGUAAGCACCGUUGUAAGAGCAACCGCAACAAGCGCAAGAACAAGAAACCAAGCAGCGAGGAUCUGCAAAAGUGGGCCAACCUGCUCCGAUCUGACGCAUCAAUUCUGCAGAAAUAUCUACAGGUAGAGACCAAAAAGACUGUGGACAAAAAGCAAAACGAGUUCAACAUGAAGAAGAUGAUCAGGAGGCUGCACAUCAAAGAACCAGCCGAGCACGUCAUGGCCAUCCUGGGACGAAAGUAUCCAGCCGACCCAAAAGCGUUCAACCACAGCGGACUGAAGGGCAACUGGGAGCGGGAGAGAGCGGGUCAAAGGAUGAAGCUCAAGGAUGCCGAGACAUGGGAACGUCUGCUUAGUCUGGAGGGCAACAAGGCCGCCACCUGGGAGAAACUCAUUGACAAUAAGUCUCUGCCCUUCAUGGCUAUGCUGAGGAACCUGAGGAACAUGAUCAAUCAGGGUAUUAGUACAGCGCAUCACAAGAAGAUCCUCAGCAGGCUCACUAAUAAGAAAGCGGUUCUUCAGAGCCGUCAGUUUCCCUUCCGGUUCCUGUCUGCCUACAAAGUCAUCAUGGAGCUUCGCAUUCUUGCAUCGCCGCAAAAGGCCCCUGGCAACCAAGUGAUCCUGAAGAAUAUCCUCAAGCAGCUCCCAAAGAGCAAGCGCUUCCGCCGCCUAGACUGGGAGACAGCCAGCAGGAAGAGACUGCGGGUGGCGCUCGGCGUGCCCUUUGUCUACCGGAUAUACCGCAUGAAGAAGGAUCAACUCUUCAAGGCCAAUCAGAGAGAGUACACAGUCGGCGUGCUGGACCGUUAUCGGCAAGCUCUGGAGACGGCGGUCCACAUCUCCUGCCGCUACAAUAUCCCGCCCCUGCCGGGACGCACUGUCAUCAUGAUCAACAUCGACAUGAAUGACAGACGCGCCUGGAACAAACAGCUGGACUUCUGCCUUCCACCCGACCCGGAGCACAGUGAGAAUGAGGGAGAGGAGGUGGAAGAGGAAGAUAAAAGGAAGAAGAGAAAGCGUGAGGAGGACAAGCUCGCUCCUUCUAUGUUGGAGGUUACUGUUCUGCUCUCACUGAUGAUCGCCAGCAGUUGCGAGGAUGCCCACGUCUGCUUGCUGGACUAUUACCAAUACGCAGAGGCGCAGCUGGAGUCUGAUUUGCUUUUGGAGAACGUGCGGAGCGUUAUGCGGCAAAUCAAGGCUUUGAGAAACGAGACGAGGGACAACAGGCACCAAUUAAGCGCUUGCUUCCACAGGGUCCUCCAGAAAAACAAGGCGGACAACAUCAUCAUGCUGACUGAGAGCUGGACGAGCCACGAGGUGGAGUGGGCCAUCAAUAGCUACAGGAAAGAAACGAGCAACAAAUGCCUCUAUGUUGAAAUCUGCAUGUCGGACACCGUGUACGAGUCCAAAACCUCCGACCCGAACCACGUGUCUCUGAAGGGCUUCAGCGAACAAAUGCUGAGGUUUGUGGCUGAGCGAGGCUCAUCCAGGCUGCUCGACCACGUGGAGCAUUUGGACAAAGUGUACAACGUCCCACCGCCAGAAGGAGCCAAACAUCCUGAGAUGACCAACAGCCUGGUGUCAAUUCCCAUCACCCCAAAGCUAAGGUGGCGUGGCGUGCGCGUCUUCAUCUCGUCCACCUUCCGCGACAUGCACGGCGAGCGCGACAUCCUGGUGCGCAGCGUCUUCCCGGAGCUUCGCCGCCGCGCCGCACCACACCACCUCCACCUGCAGGAGGUGGAGCUGCGCUGGGGCGUGACCGAGGAGGAAUCGGACCGGGCCGCCGCCCUUUGCCUGGCGGAGGUGGGUCGCAGCCAGAUGAUGGUGGCGAUCCUGGGCCAGAGGUACGGACUCGUGCCGGACGCACCUGCUCUACCGGAUCUGCCGCCGUACAAAUGGCUGGAGUCGGGCCCCGAGGGCCUGUCAAUGACAGAUAUGGAGAUCCGUCACUUUCAGGCUCUCCAUGGCGACGCGGCAAGGCAGCGGAUGUUAUGCUACUUCAGGGACCCCGACGUCAUCAAAACAGUACCUGUGGCUUGGAAGUCCGACUUUGCCCCUGAAUCCAAGGAGGCAGAGUCCAAAAUGGCGCGUCUGAAGCAAUGGAUUCAAGUCCACAAGCUGAAGUUCACCAACAAUUACCCGAGCGAGUGGGGCAGUGUCGUGGAUGGCAAACCCUACUUGAAGAACCUGGAGCACUUUGCCAAAGCGGUGCUGGAGGACAUCUGGGAGGCUGUUGUCCAGCAGUUUGUCGAUGAGAAUGAGGAUGGCGAGGCCAACGCAGAAUCUGGGGUAUUAGAGCAGGAGGUUCACCAGGAGGUGCUGCAAAGGCAGUUCCUCAGCCGGGCCAAGCUCCUGUCAGCCGCCGUGGAGAUGGUGGAGCAAACGCAGGCCAAAGGAGGGACUGUGCUGGUGGAGGGACCAGCUGGUCAGGGCAAGACGGUCUUCAUGGCUGCUCUAGCCGAGGCCCUCAGAAGCGGCACCAAAUCCAAGAAAAAUGUGGCCUGUGAUGUCAUCUCAUACUCGACAGCAGCAAGCCAAUCAUCUCGCUCCGUGGCGAACCUCCUGCGCUGUCUCGUCUGCUGUUUGAGGGGGCUGAAAGAGGAGGAAUCGACUCUUCCCGUCACUUACAAGGAUUUGCUGUCAGAGUUUCACGCCACUUUGAAAGACAUGAAGAGGAACAAGCCUCUUGUGCUCCUGGUAGAUGGGGUGGAUCUUGUGCGUGAUGACUGGGAUCAGCUCAGCUCUGGUUGGAUACCACACUAUCUACCCCAGGGUGUUUGUUUGGUGACUAGUGCCGCAUCCACCUCGUCGUUGUUGCACGCGCUGUCCAAGAAGAGCUCUACACUGCUCUUCACCCUGCCGCUGCUCACCAUGACAGAGCGAAAGGAAAUCGUUUGGAAGGAACUGGACACCUUCGGGAAGAAACUCAGUGACGCUGCCUUCAACAACCAGCUGCAGACGCUGAUCAUGAAGAAAGGGGCAGCGUGUCCUCUCUACCUGCACAUGGCCUGUGAAGAGCUGAGGAACUUUGCUUCGUUUGACAAGCUGAAUGAGAACCUGCAAGCUUUGCCUCAGUCUCUCAAUCUGCUGGUCCAGUACUGCCUGAAGAGACUCUGUUCAGACCACAGCGGCAUGCUGGGACUCCGGUGGGCUCUGACGGCACUCACAGUCAGCACCUCCGGCCUAAGGGAGCGAGACUUGUAUUCAUUGCUGAGUGCGUGCAACGACCUAUGCUCGAUCAAAGGACAGGUCACAUGGCAGGAAGUGCUGCCACUGUGCAGGAGCCCCAAAGGACGUGUUCCCAUGGCAGCGUUUAGCCAGGUCGUGCGAAGCUUGCAAAGUAUGAUGAUUCCGUCUCAGCGCCACGACACCGACUACGUGCUGACUCUGUCUAAUCCCGACGUGAGGCGGGCCUUUGAAGAGGUCCUCCUGCCCUCAGAAGACCACAGAAGAAGAGCUCACCUCGUGUUGGCGGGUCACCUGUGGGUGCGGGCCGACGCUCAGGGUGCUGAUACUUUUCUUCACGGAGAGGCGGACGCCGUCCAGCAGCUUACUGCUAGUUUGAUACAAAGUGACAAGCUGGAGGUGCUACGUUCCCUGUUGUCCAGCUAUUACUUCCUGUACGCCAAUGUGCGUCACAACUUGCUGCACCACUUGCUGGACACCUACAACGAGCAUGGUAGAAAGUCGUCCCCGUUAACCAACGACCAGCGGGCCGCCAUUGACGACUGCCGAGCUUUCCUGCAGCGCCAUGCCGCCGUGCUGUCCCAGUCGCCGGUGCUCUUCGUCCAACAGGCCCUCAAUGAACCUCCCGAGACCCCCGCUAACACCUGGGCCCGUGGCCUGCUGGCUAGAGAAAGUGUGCGGGCGGUGGAAUGGCUUAACAACGACCAUCAAACCUUUACGGAGAGCAGCCAGCUGGUGUCCACCUUCACAUCCGAGCCCACCUGCUUAGCGGUGGGCUGCGAAAGACAGAUGGUGGUUGGGACCGGACAGGGAACUUUGCAUUUCAUCAACGCAAACACAGGACAGGAAGUGAAGUCGCUGGUGAGCAGCUGCGACGGCAUCUCCAGCUGCGUCCUCCUGAAGGAUGGACACCUCGCCACAACCUCUUUCGACGGCCAAAUUGAGAUCUGGGAUGCCGCCAACGGAUGUCGAACGUCUCUCAUUAAAGGCCAUGCUAACGUGAUAACGGCCAGCGACAUCACCACUGACAGGAAGCACCUGGCCACGGCCUCACUGGACUUCACCCUGAAAGUGUGGUCUUCAGCCAAAGGUCACGAGGUAGCUGUUCUGUCUAGCGACAGCCCUCUGAACUGCGUUACCUUCGACCCCGAGGAUCGCCUGCUGGCUGCCGGCUGCUGGGAUGGGAAGGUCGUCGUGUGGAAGUGGCUCCAGGAUAACACCCAAGUGCGGCUGUGCGGUCAUGGCCGCUCGGUGCGCAGCCUCUGCUUCUCACCGUCGUCGUCGUCGUCCAUGCUGUGCUCGGGGUCUGUGUCCGGGGAGGUACGUGUGUGGUCUGUGGACGCCUGCACCUGCGUGGGAUGCUUCCAGGCGCACGCCGGGGCCGCCAACGCCCUCGCCUUCCUCGACCGGGGCCGCUUGCUGUUGACCGCUGGCUCCGAUCAAAUGCUCCAGCUAUGGUCAGGUGGACUUGGACGCUCAAUCGCCACUUUAAAGAAACACCGGGAUGUGCAGGAGCCUCCUCACAAGAAGAGCAAACGUGACACUUCGAUUGAGGCAGGCGCCCUGUGUGCAGCCGUCAGCGGGGACUACGUCGCCGUGGGUUACCAUGGUGAUGGCUUUAAACUCUUCCGCCUCAGCUCGGGUGAGAUGAUUUGGGAGUCAGGGCUUUUCCGCUUGUCUGUGCCGUCCCUGCUGUGGGUAUGUGCGGGUGACUUGUCGUCCGACCCGUCGCCGCUGUUGUUGUCCACGGGCCACGACAAGCGUGUGAGGCUGUGGCGGAGGACCCUCGGGGAGGACGGAGAACUGACAGGUCUGGAGAUGAAGGAAAUGUUCGGCAGCCAGUUUGGCAUCAUCCUCGCCAUGGCGCACAACGCCACUUACCUGGCCACUGCUUCGGAUGACUGCACUAUACUCCUGUGGCUGCUGAGCGAGCUGAGUGACAAGUACCAUUCAGAGCCCCCUGCUGGCCUGCUCAAGGGCCACAGUGGGGCAGUCACCUGCCUGGCCUUCAGCCCUGACGGUGGGCAGCUGCUCUCCGGGGGGAAAGACAAAGCUCUGGUGGUGUGGGACGUGACCUCGACGGCUCCUGGUCUUUCCAAAGUGCUCCCGACCUUCCACAGAGACUGGAUCACCAGUUGUGUUUGGACUUCAGACUGUGUGAUAAGCUCAUCCAGUGAUGGCAGACUUUGCUUAUGGGACAUCGAGGCCGGUCAGAGCCUGCGCGAGAUCACCUGGACGAGUCCUCUCACCUCCGUCUGCUGCCUGGGGCCUUACGUGGCGGCCGGUUGCGCCGAUGGCAACCUGCACGUGUGGAAAUGGGAGACCAGUGUGGAAAUCUGCCACAUUGCCGCCCACGAGGGAUGGAUCCACGCCUGCUCCAUCGUCACUGAAGCGGAAAAAGAAAACAACCCAGAGGAUCUCACGGUUGUCACUGCUGCCCAAGAUGGAAUUGUGCGAUUCUGGAAGCCCUUACAGGUGGAACACUUCAGCACCUUCCAGGGUCACAGCGGUAGCAUUCGCAGUAUCGCUCGCGAGGGAAACAAUCCAGAGUUCCUCACAGUGUCAGAAGAUCGCUCCUUGCGAAGCUGGACAUGGGAAACCGAGCGGCCCCCCAGCCUGCGGGGCGCCGUCACCGCUCUCUGCUUCUCCGACGCAGACCAUCAUGUGCUGCUUGCCGGCUACGAGUCGGGCCUGCUAGAGGUGUGGCUGCGCAGCCAAGUGGUCGGACGCAUACAGGCUUCAAGCAACAGGGUCGUAGCCAUCUGUUUCAUGCCUAACGGCCUCUUUGCUGUCAGCUGUGCGGACUCUUGUGUGGAUGUUUGGAAGCUGGCGUGGAAUCAGGAUCGCAGCACCGCCAGGACUUUUGUGCGUUGCAGCAUAGUCAAGGUGAGGUCGCACCAGGUGACAGAGGAAGUGGCACACCUGGCGUACUGCUCCGUUCUCAUUGGCGUGUCAAACAGCAGUUUGAUUUUCACCUGCGGCGACGACAAGCAGAAUUCAAUGAUGGUCCACAGCUGGAACCAUCAAGUCGGAGUUCUGGCACUCAUCCGAAACGACGAGAAAAGCAUAUGGUUGGUGGGCGAGUCGGAAACAAAUGUCCAAGUCGGCUUUAUCUUUGCCAUGGGCCCGCAGAAUCCUAUUAGUUCAUCUUUCAGCUCCAUGACCCUGGAGACGAACACGUCGGCUGAGCAGAAAAGCGACUUGAUAACGGCCGUGACCAUGGACAAAGAAUUUGUGGUGUGUGGAGAUGUGGCAGGGAAAAUGUGGUUCAACAAACCGUCAGAAGAUUCCUCAUGGAGCAGCAAGAAGCCGGCCCACCAUGACAAGAUCAGUGUGCUGAGGCUCACCCGCAGCCUCAUCAUCUCAGCCUCCUUCGAUCGCACGGUGAAACUGUGGGACAGAAGCACCAAGAAACAACUGGGAAUGUUUGUGUGCAGUGGUCCUGUGGUCUUGCUGGAGGUGAACCCGGAAAAGCCCUCAGAGAUGGUGUGCGGCGAUGCACUGGGAAAGCUUUACUUCCUAUCCUGGAGGGAAUAGAAUCACGCAUGACCCCAAUAAACCAAAGCUUUCGUAUUAUUCCCAAAGACUAGCCAUUUGUGCAAUAUCAAUAGGAAAGAUGUGUAAUAUUAGUUUUGAAGAGGGCUUUAUGCUGGCAUGCUCACAUGUGCCUUUGGUUUACAUAGCAGACUUCUACUGUAUAAGUUAUACAUGAUCAGCUUAUGUGUGGGCUAAAUUUGUUUGAAAAUCAUUAAAGAUGGCAUAUACUAAAAGUCUGUGUUCUUUUUACAGUUGAGAAUAAUAAAUUACAUUUCAAUGUGC